AUGAUAUCAAAAGCGGAUUUUUUGAAUUAUAAUAUUCCAUCGGCUAAGUAUAAUUCAAUUUUUUUUGUAGAAGAGCUGGGAAGAUCUUGGGAAAAUAUAUCAAAUAUAUUCAAUAAAUAUUUAAAAGAUAUAAUUCCAAGAGUAAAUAGCUUUAUGUUAGGGAUUAAAGAAAAUGAUGAUAUUACAAAAUGUAUUAUAUAUACUCCUGAAGAUAUUUUUGACGAAAGUAGUUCCGGUAUUUCGACUUUAAGGCAAAUAUUGAAAUUACCUGAUACUCUAAAUUCUGUAGAAUUUAAGACCUCUUUAAGUAAUCUAUACAAAUAUAAUUUACAAGUACCUUGCUUAGAGUUAUAUUUGAAUAAUGCAUUCAUACAAGUUAUACAGAAUGAGGUUGAAUUUUUUUGGAGUAACAUUUUAGUACCUUCAAAAUCUCACAACAAAAAUCAGUUAGAAAAUAAUUUGAACACUAUUUCAGUUUCUAAUAAUAGUAUUCAAAGUGAGAUUUUAGAAAAUAUUUAUGAAAAUUAUUCUGAUAUAAAUUUAAUAGUAUUUCACUAUUCUCUGAUAUUUGGAUUAAUACGAUUCACUUUGGUAUCUAUUAUGAUAAUAAAAGGAGCUCUUAAAUUCAUGGAACAGGAUAUAAAUGAUGAUAAUUUCAUUAGAAAGUGCUUUUUAGAAGAUGGCAAUUCUACUUACAUUUACGAACACAAGAUAUAUGAAGUUAUUGUAGACUUUUAUAAUAAAAUUAAGAUGCUUUUAAAAAUGAAUACAUUGAAGGAUUUUGAAGUAACUCUGGACAUUUAUAUUUCAAAAAUAUUUCAGCGUUUCUCAAAAGAAAUUCUCAAUAUUCAGAAUAUAUCAAUCGAGCAGGAUUUAAAGAACCUCUUUGAAAUAUUAACUUUAGUUUGUAGUGGAAUAAAUUGUGACUUUCAAGAUUUAAUAAAUAAGAUAUUUUACCUAUAUAGAUAUUUUGAACCGAAAAAGUUGUUUGAAGUAUAUGCGAUGGAUGAAUUAUCUAAGGUAGGAUUUACUGAUUUAUGCAAUACUAUAAUUGAUGUAUGUAAUGUCAAUGACUCAAUAAUAACUGAUAACUUUAAUCUGGAUUUAUUAAUGGAUACAAUUUACAAAAUUAGUUUUGGUCCUAGUAAGGAAUGUGAAUAUAAUGAUAAAGAAGUUACUAAUAAUUUUAUAAAUAUGCUAUCAAAUUGUCGUUAUGUCUUAGAAUCAUGCUUAGAAUAUUUAUGUGGAUACGAAUUAACUAAGGAAAAGAAUAAAUUGAUUAUUAAAGAUAUUUCACUAUUUAAUUGGAUCAGUGACAUUUCUUUAAUAAUGAGGAUAGUGGGUCUUGAAGAAAUAUGGUACUUUGCUGUCGAUAAAAAUGCUCAACAAAUUGUAGUAAAUACUCUUUAUAAUUCAAAAUUAUUUACUGGAGAAAUAAUAUCUUAUGUGUACUAUACUAAAUUAGUAUAUCUUUGUCUUUCUCCGUUGUUAUCUAUUUUAUUAAAUUACUACUCAAAAGAUUGUAUAAUUGAUUAUAAUACAGAUAAAUUUAAUCAGAAUAUUUCAAUACAAAUUAAUAAUACAGAGAAUACUGAAAUUAUGGAUUAUAAUCAGGGAAAAGUUGAAAGUUUUAAUGAUAAUAAUAUAACCAUGCUUAAAUCCGUAAAUAGAUGUCCAAUAUUAUAUAGUAAUAACAUGCUACUUGUUCUUUAUGAGAAAUGCAAUACUAUAUACUCAUUAAUACUAAUUGAAAAGAUCCCCGAAUAUAUAAACAAUUUUCCAAACUCAAAAAAGGGUAUUGUGGAUAUUUAUAUCAUAAUGAAUCUCUUACCAAAUAGUAAUUUAAAUAGGGAAUUUUGGUUUGAUUUUAUUUCUAAUCAAAUACAAACAUAUAUUGAAAAUUAUUUACUUUUGUUAGAGGUUAAUACAUCAAAAAUUGUAGGAUUUUACAUAAAAUGUUUGUAUGUAUUGUUACUAUUAGAAUUUCCAGUAAACUGGUUAGAGGAUACCUUAUACAAAAUAGGAAACGUUUUACGACAAAGAAAUGAUACCACACAAUGUAUAGUAUCAUGGAUACCAUUUUUACUAGAAAAUAGCAUGAAUAGUAUUAAUGAAGCAAAAAUUCCUAUUCCAAUAAGCUGUUCUGAUGAAGGAAUAUAUCCUUUAUUUUCAUUAAUAUCUCCAAAUUUCAAAUCCUACAAAAGUAAAAUAGAUGAAAAUUUCCUCAAUCUUAAAUUUGAAAAUCCUCAUAUUAAACUUAUUUUAACAUGGAUAACAAAAAUAUAUGGGGACCACACAACUUUGCUAUAUGAUUAUAUGAAUAAUUUAGCUUCUAAAGUUAUAGGAAAUUGGCUUGAGAUUAACUAUGGACAGGGGUUUGAUAUUGGUACUACUAGUGUAAAUUACAAGUCUAAACGACAAUAUUAUGAUAAUUCAGGCUUUAUUGAUGCUCAAACAUGGGAAAUAUCUGAGAAGGAUUUUCGUAGAGAUGAAUCAGUAUAUGGCAUUAUCAAAAUGACAAUGAGCAAGCAAUUCUCUACACUUAAUAUAAAUAAUAAACUUACAUCUAAUAUAAGUGAUGAAAAAAAGAAUGAAAAUGAUUUAUUAUUAUAUUGUAAUGUUAUUCUUCAGGAUAUAAAUAAUUCAAUUGAUGAUAACAAAAAAUAUAAAGAAUUUAGAAAAAAUAAUAUUGAUCAAGAGCUAUCCAAUACUACAGGAAUUACAAUAUCACGAUAUUACUGGCCAGAAAAUAUAGUGGGUACUGAAUCUAAAAAUAACUUAUUCCCCCUAUCAGCAUCUUUGAAAAGUGAAAUAGAAAGUUAUCGUCGUUUUUUUGAAGAAGAGCAUCCUGGAAGGACAUAUAACUGUUAUCAUGGGUAUGGCAAUACUGUAGUUGAUCUGCAAGCAUUAGAUGGAACUAUUCGUACAAAUGUCAUCUUAAAUUUCUUACAAGUAAGUAUAUAUGAGUAUAUAUCAGAUAAAUUUGAAUAUUACUCAAAUUCUAUAUCUAAGAGUGAGAGUGCAUCAAAAUCUAGUUCAAACACAUUAUUUAAUUGGUUUGCACUAAACACUAAAAAUAAAAAUUCGGAACCAUUAACAGAAAACAAUAUAGAUUAUACAAAUGAAGUUAGCUUUAAUGAAUUAAUUGAGUAUUUUGGAUUAAGUGAAUCUGAUAUGAGAUGGAAUAUUGAGAGUAUGGCAAUAAGAGGUCUGCUGGAACAAAAUCCUAAUGGUACUGAGAUGUAUAAAAUACCGGAAUCAUUCCACUUCAACUGUAGAACUGUCGAUAAUUUAUCAACAUCCAAAUCUAAUUCUGAACUAGAUUCAUCUCAAAAUGAUAUAAUCAAUGACAUGACUGUGAUGUUAGACUUUAAGAAUAUUGCUCAAACAGAAAAUGUAAAUAUAAAAUAUAUUGAGAAAAAUGAAAUAAAUCAAAGUACAGAUGAUCACGAUAGUUAUAAUCAAGAGAUUUUAUCAGAAAAUGAGGAUGAUGAAGAUGUUAAUUUAAAUUUCCCUACAGGAAUAGUAACUUCAACAAUAGUAAAUGACAGAGGUUCAACUGAACUAGAAAACUCAGCUUUAAAUUUUGCAAAAAACAAGGGUAUUUCUAAAAGUAGUAUACCACCAAUCAUUUCAAAAAGUACUUAUCUAGAUAAACAUUGUCAUUGUACAAUACCAAUUAUACUUCAUUCUGAAGAUUACUCUACUCAUAUACAAGAUGAUUAUAACGGAGCUCAUGAAGAUAUCAGUGAUGUAUCCUCCUUCGAUAUAAUUAAAGAAUGCGAACAUAUGAUACGUGCUACCUUGCAAUUAAAUGGUGCAAUGGCACCUGCAGUACUAUUUAGUAGAGUAAGAACUGCAAUGACAAACCAUAUAACAAACUGUAAAACCAACAAAAGUAAAGAUGAAGUCAUUGAAUCACCUGAUCAAAGUAUACAAAAUAUACUUAAUUGGUCACAGCAUGUACAAGCUAUUAAUAAUCUUGUAGAUCGUGGUGAAGUUGUAAAUAUAGGUGGCAGGCUAUUUCUAGAAAAGUGA